AUGCUUCGCUCCUUGACUUCCUCGCCGGUCCUUCGCCGCGCGUCGACGCGCGCCUUCUCGGCGGCGCCGGAGCGUGUGCCCAACUUCAUCAACGGCCAGUUUGUCCAGUCCAAGACCACCAAGUGGAUCGACGUGCGCAACCCGGCGACGAACGAGGUUGUGUGCCAAGUGCCCGAGACGACGCCGGAAGAGCUCCAGGCAGCGGCGGAUGCGGCCAAGGUUGCCUUCAAGACGUGGAAGGAGGUGCCGGUCCAGCACCGCCAGCGCGUCAUGCUCAAGCUCCAGCAGCUCGUGCCCAAGUACCCGAACGGUAACUUUGUCGGCCCGACGCUGCUCAACAACGUCGACAUCUCCAACCCGUCGUACGUCGAGGAGCUUUUCGGCCCCGUCCUCGUGUGCAACUCGGUCGAGACGCUCGACGACGCCAUCGAGCUCAUCAACGCCAACCCGUACGGCAACGGCACGUCGAUCUUUACGCAGUCGGGCCCCGCGGCGCGCAAGUUCCAGCACGAGAUCGACGUUGGCCAAGUCGGCAUCAACGUGCCGAUCCCCGUGCCACUCCCCUUCUUCUCGUUCACGGGCUCGCGCUCGUCGAUCCGCGGCGACUUGCACUUCUACGGCAAGCAGGGCGUGAUGUUUUACACGCAGACCAAGACGAUCACGGCGCAGUGGGAGUUUGGCAAGAAGACGCAGUACGGCACCGUCAUGCCGACGCUCGGGAAGAAGUAA